ACCAGAGUAAUCUUUUUUUCAGUUCAUCACACAGUCCCCUCCUCCUCCUCCUCCUCUUCCUCUUCCUCUUCCUCUUCCUCCUCCUCUUCAGGUGAAUGGGUCAGACUCCUCCCCUUUCACAAAAGUCACCAAUGGGACUAUGGUGACUUUAACGAACACGCGCCUUACUGGACAUAUCAAGUCUCAAAAUAAGUCGAGUUCAGACCGUCCUCCUCAGAGACCCAAGAAACCAAAGGACAGCAAACCCAAGGUGAAGAAGCUGAAGUACCACCAGUACAUCCCUCCAGACCAGAAGGCAGACAAAGAGCGCCCCCCCCAGAUGGACUCGUCCUAUGCCAAGCUGCUCCACCAGCAGCAGCUCUUCCUGCAGCUGCAGAUCCUCAACCAGCAGCAGCAGCACUACAACUACCACACCAUCCUGCCCGCUCCGCCCAAGCCUCCCACUGAGCAGCCUCCAUCAACAAACUCUGGCCCCUCCCCCUCUCGCAGCGUUUCCACAACGACCACCAACACAUCCAAUCAGAGCGUGGCUUCCCGUCUGAGCCAAUCAGCAGCGGGCGGAGCCAAACCAGGAAGUCUGCCCGCCAACCUGGAUGAGUUCAAGGUCGCCGAGUUGAAACUGGAACUGAAGCUUCGUAGUCUGACCGUUUCCGGCACGAAGAACGAUCUGAUCGAGCGUCUCCGAAACUACCAGGAGCAAAAUGGAGGCAACGCAGCAGCUCUGAAGAACGCCGUCUCGCAGACAAACCAACAGACUGGGACCAUCACAGCCUCUCCAAACACAACCAGCACCCCCGACCACCAUCCAGGAGAGGGAGGGUUCAAGCUGGACCUGUCCUCCAUCGGUCAGGUGAUCCCGGGGCGGGUCAUGAGGUUCGGCAGCACCAGCUCCAGCCCUCCGAUGUCUCCCACUCCCUCUGAGAGGUCGCUGGCUGGGAUGAGCCCCGACGAGACGAGCUGCAACGGAGACAUGUUUGGAGAGAUGGUGAGCUCUCCUCUCACUCAGCUCACCCUCCACCCGUCUCCUCAGCACCCGUCAAACGUCUCCUCUCUCUCCACGGUCAAAGAGGAGUCUCAGAGCUCCUGCAGACUCUCCUCCACCUCCGCUUCUCCAUCCGCAGCCAUGGACACGUCCUCCGUAGUGAAGGACCAGAUGCUGCAGGAGAAGGACAAACAGAUCGAGGAGCUGACCCGCAUGUUGAGGCAGAAACAGAGACUGGUGGAGACUCUUCGGUCUCAGCUGGAACUGGGAAAGAUGACAGGUGGAGCAGAAAAGGGAGGAAUCAGAACAGAGGUUAAGCUUCAAACUCUGAUAAAAGCGUCCGCCAUCCAACCCCCGACUCUCCCUAACGGCAUGUUGGUGAAAGUGAAGAAGGAGCUGGAGCCCGAGGAGGGGAUGGAGGGCGUGACGGAGGGAAAGAAAGCAGUGCAGCCGAUGCAGUGCAGUCAGGAGACGCUGCUUCGACUGCAGCAGAUCCACCGGCUGCAGAUCCAACAAGCAGAGCACAACAAACUCACUCUGCAGCCCAAACAGAAAACCUCCGAGGCUACGACCAAGCAGAGGGAAGACGCUCAAAUCCUGCUCCAACAGCAGCAGCACCUGCAGCAGCUCAUCAUCCAGCAGACGCAGCAGAAGCAGAUCCUGGCGCAGCAGCAGAAGUUAGCGCAGCAGCAGAAGGUGGUGCAGCAGCAGCUGAAACCGGUUCCUCACAGCGUGGGGAAGAGCCAGCUGAAGCAGGUCCCGGUGCAGAUCCAGAGACCUUCAGCGACCCUGAGUCAGCAGAGGAAGCAGCUGAGAGCCAAUCAGAGGCAGCAGCAGAGGCAGCAGGCGGCCGCUGUCAGCACGCAGCAGGUGACCCCGGUCUUUGUCAACCAGCAGAACGCCUCUCAGGUCCAAACGCAGGCCAUCUCUCUGGACCUGCUGAAGGCUAACGGCUCACCCACGCUGGUUACCGACAGCAACGGAAACCACUACCUGAUCGCUCUGACCAACCACAGUGCAGAGGGGCAGAACGGAGAGUCCUCAUUGGCCAAACCCAACAGUCGCAUCACACUGCAGAGGUUACAGUCGACUCCGACUAAACUGCCCAGCGCUGACAGCCAAUCAAAAGAGCCGCCAGAGGCCGAGCCAAUCAAAAAGGUGCAGAAGGCGGGGCUUCACCUGGACACCAACGUCUCCCCUCAGCCCAGCCUGUCCGCCCCCCCCAGCCUGCAGCCGUUCUUCGACGACAUGUCGGACUCAGAAAGCCAAAGCAGUUUGAUCUCCUCUCUGAAGAGAGAGGAGGUGUGUUACGACCGACACACCCUCUUCACCCCCCCCUCCCCCAAACACAACUCCUCCCUCUCUUCCAAGCGCUCCAAACAGGAGAACGGCGUCAACAGUCAGCAGAUGGACGACCUGUUUGACAUCCUGCUGAAGAGCGGAGAAAUCCCCGGCUUCAAAGGGCACCCGGACCCCUCCCUCGCCCCUCUCCACUCGGACCCUCCCUCUCCAGCCUCUCCUCCGUCUCCCCUGCUCCUCCACCUGUCCCCCCCGACCCCUCCCUCUCCCCUCGCCUCCCCCCCCUCCAGCGCGCGUCUGGAGGACUUCCUGGAGAGCUCGACGGGGAACCCCCUGCUGGGCGUUGAACCUGAUGGAGGUCUCACUCUGAUCCACGACCUCCACAGCCAGAUGCUCAGCACUUCCAGCAUUUUGGACCCUCACGCCCCCUCCCCCAUGGACACCUCAGAUCUGGGCUUCUCCCCACACCCUGCUGGGCUGGAUUUCGACAGCAUGGACUGGCUGGACAUCUCCAUGGUGAGAGGAGGGAGUGGAGGAGGCAGUAAUGGAGGAGAGGAGACCCGUUUAGCUCCUCUGGUGCCUCACACCCCCCCGAGCGUUUUCUCCACCGACUUCCUGGACGGAUCGGACCUGCAGCUGCACUGGGAGUCGUGUCUGUAGCCUCCUCCAUCUUUAUUUUUCGUGCACAAACAGAAACAUUUCUUAUGCUGUCUCUACCACUGCGAGGGGGCACUGACACAUGUAGCGUGAUAAGGGAGGGGGGGGGGGGAUCUACGGUGGGAAACGCACUUUCGAAAACGAUGCAUAUGUAAAAAGAGAAAUGGGACAAAACAUGCGAGUGUUUCGGCGCAUUUGUGUUUUUAUAUUUGCGUCGUUUUGGGCCGUUGGAGCGCGUUUGCACCAGCUUGAGGAAGGGGAAAUCUACGGUGGCUCACAGGGGGCAAACGCACUAUUGAAAACGAUGCAAAUAUAAAACGGGAUCCGGUUUAAAUCCACUGCUUUAUAACCAGGUCACUGUAAUGCAACAUGCGAAACAUUUCACUGGUUUAACGAGAGGAGUGUGUGUGUGUGUGUGUGUGUGUCAGUGCCUCCUAAACUUUGCACUUAUGCUGAAUCUGAUUGGUUUGUAAAAAAAAGUGUGUUCAAACUGAUCUCUGCCCACACUAGUGGGGAAAAAACGCGGUCAUUAUUUGACUUUUUGAGAGGAAACCAUAUCGGUGGCACCAGUGUAUUAUUGGUAACAUUGUGGUAGACCACUAUGUAUUGCUGUAUAUGGGGUGUAUAUUAUCAAUUGUCCAUACGACUUAUUUUUUCUGUGCUGGUUGCUUUAGAGUCGAGCUCGCCGGCUGGGGAUCAUAGGCUGAGGGCGGGGCUCCGAAACACUUGGACCUUGUCAUUUUUUUAAAGAAAAACUGUAAAAAAAGAAAUAAACAUAUUAUGAAAAACUCA